AUGAAGAUCUUAUUCUUGUUACACUGGUUUGGAGUGGCUCUGCCCAUUUUGGGACUCACUCAGCCUGAGCCUCUCAAAUAUCACUACCCCCCAGAGGUAGCAAUUCCCUUGAGGUUAAGUGACACUGACAGAAGAAUGAAGAUACCAGGCUGGAUUUCCUAUAGCCUGCACAUUGAAGGUCAAAGACACAUCAUCCACAUGAAGGCCAAGAAAAAUUUGAUAGUCAAAAACUUACCAGUGUUCACCUAUACAGACCAGGGUACUCUGCUUGAGGACUAUCCUCAUGUUCAGGAUAACUGUUACUAUUAUGGCUUUGUGGAGGGGGACCCAAAAUCGCUGGUCGCCAUGAGUGAUUGCACCGGGGGCUUUCAAGGGAUGCUAGAGACAAACAACAUUACGUAUGAAAUCAUGCCCAUAACGUCUUCUACUACAUUUCAACACUGGGUGUACAAGUUAUACAGUGAGGAAACAGCAAAUGUCAGCAAAUCUAACAUGAUGUCAGAUAAAAUUCCACUCCCAAUAGAGUUGCAAGAGAGUGCCCAAUCCAACCGGAACCAAUAUCUGCCUGGGUAUGAAGGCUGGUGGGUCCAUUAUAGGACUGUUGAAUAUGCAAUGGUGGCCGAUAAUAGUAUAUACAUCAGAUUUGAAAAGAAUAAGUCAAAGCUGAUGGACGAGCUAUUUGUUGUAUCAAAUAUAGUGGAUACAAUUUUUGCUCCUAUGGGUAUUAAUGUAUUAAUGUGUGGUUUGGAGAUCUGGACUGAAAGAAACCCAUUUAAAACAUAUAAUGGAAUGCAUUCUCUGUCCCUAUUUUGCAGAUGGAAAAUGACCAACAUUACUCCUCGAAUACCUCAUGAUACUGUGCACCUUUUUAUAAAUAACCACCUCAGAGGACUAAGUGGCUUAGCACAUGUUAAAGGCAUGUGCCGUCCAGCAUGGAGCUGUGCAAUUGUCACAUUCAUAGACAGAACUGUAACGCUGUUUGCAAUUUCAGUGUGUCAUCAUAUAGGUCAUAAUUUGGGCAUGGCGCAUGAUGAACCAAUGUGUAAGUGUGGGCACUGGAAAUGUUUAAUGCAUGAGGAUAACCCACCCACACCUAAAUUUAGCAAUUGUAGUUAUCAGGCUUUUUUUGAAUACAUUGUAAGGAAUACAAGGUGUAUGAUGGAAACAACACACACGAAGGACAUAUUUGCCUUUGAGCGUUGUGGGAAUGGCAUUGUUGAACGAGAAGAAGAAUGUGACUGUGGACCUUUACUGCGCUGUGAAAAAGAUCCCUGUUGCAUGCCCAACUGUACUCUGAGUUAUGGAUCUAAUUGUGCCUUUGGACUUUGCUGUAGUAAAGAGUGCAAAUUUUUGCCCUCAGGGCAAAUGUGUAGAAAAGAAGUGAAUCUCUGUGAUCUUCCAGAAUGGUGCAAUGGAACUUCUCAUAAAUGUCCCGAUGAUGUAUAUGUGGAAGAUGGAAUUCCUUGUAGUCAGACCUCUUACUGUUAUGCAAGGGAAUGUAAUGACCGCAAUAAACUGUGUAGGGACAUUUUUGGCCCCACGUCCAAGAGUGCACAUCAGAUUUGCUAUGAUCACAUAAACAUCCAAGGGACCCGUUUUGGUCAUUGUGGCUUACAUGGUGUUUCAUAUAAGAAAUGCGAUCCCAUGGAUGUCCUGUGUGGCCGAGUUCAGUGUGACAAUGUGUCCAAACUUCCUGUUUUGACAGAGCAUAACACUGUGCACCUUGCUAACUUCAAUAACAUCAUGUGCUGGGGAACUGAUUUCCAUCCUGGCCUGAAAAUACCUGACAUUGGUGCUGUGAAAGAUGGCAUAGAGUGUGGUGUGGAUCAUAUUUGCAUCCGUAGGCAGUGCCAGCAUAUCUCCGUGCUGGAUAGUAAUUGUUCUCCUACGUCGUGUAAUAUGAGAGGGAUCUGCAACAAUAAACAUCACUGCCAUUGCAACUAUUUGUGGGACCCUCCCAACUGUGCAAGCACAGGCCAUGGAGGCAGUGUUGACAGUGGCCCACCCCCGAAGAGAGAGCAGAGAAAUAAGAUUUGUUACCUGUGUCUUCUGCUGCUUAUUAUUUUGUGUAUUUUAGUAGGUGUUCUUGUCUAUCUUUGCGUGACAGAAAUAUAUAAGGACGAAGAAAAAGGAGAAGGAAGAUCUCAAAGUACACAGAGCUUUGUGUCUCGCCACAAACCAUCUGCAUCAAGAAGGUCAUCAGUAAUAAGCUCAAGAUUAUCAUCCAUUAAAAGUUUCCGUAUCAGUUAA